AUGCCUUUGAAAAGUUCAAACUCAUCUCUAACGUGUCUUCUCCUCCUCUACCGUCUAUAUUUAGGUGCAAAAAUAUUUAAUGUCACAUACACACAGUUUUUCGCUUUAUAUAAACCCUACCUCUUCAACUCUACACCCAAACCUCACCAAAAAGAAGAUUUUAGUUCCCCCCCCACCAUGCAAUUGCAACCCUCACUUCCUCUCCUUCAACCUCGUUCUCCAUUAUUCACAUGCAAAAUCCUCAUCAAUCCAUCGAAAAAGACGAUUCCUCGACACCCAUCACCGUCGACAUGUCCGAGUCCGCUUCUGCCUCGAUAUCCCGAGGUCGAACGUAGUGUCUUGGUGCCACGAGAGCUGAAUUAUCCGGCUCAACUGAAUCCGUUUCAAAAGCUAGCCGCGGUGGCCUUGGACAAAAUCGAGACCUCGGUGAUCAUGCCACUAGAAAAAAAUCAUGUGUUGCCUAAAACGGUCGACCCGACGGUUCAAAUAUCCGGGAACUUUGCACCGGUUGGAGAGUGUCCGGUUCGUCAAGGUUUGGAAGUUGUGGGACGGAUUCCGGCUUGCUUACAUGGUGUCUAUGUUCGAAACGGUGCGAAUCCGAUGUUUGCUCCGUCGGGCGGACACCAUUUAUUUGACGGUGAUGGGAUGAUCCAUGCUAUUAGCUUGGGGCCAGGGAAUGAAGCUAGUUAUAGUUGCAGGUAUACUCGAACGAGCCGGCUGGUUCAAGAAGCCCGGUUGGGUCGGUGCAUGUUUCCAAAACCGAUUGGUGAGCUGCAUGGACACUUGGGUUUGGCCAGACUCGGUUUAUUCAUGGCUCGAUCCGGUUUAGGCUUAGUCGACGGUUCCCAUGGUACGGGUGUGGCAAAUGCAGGGCUUGUCUACUUCAAUGGUCGAUUGUUAGCCAUGUCCGAGGAUGAUCUUCCUUACCAUGUUAAUAUCAACGGCGAUGCCGAUCUCGAGACAGUCGGACAAUUCAAUUUCGACGAUCAAAUCGAUUGUCCGUUGAUCGCUCACCCCAAACUAGAUCCCGUCACAGGUGAUUUGCACACCCUGAACUACAACGUCUUAAAGAAACCUUACCUGAAAUAUUUCAAGUUCGAUAAAUUCGGAAGAAAGUCACGUGACUUGCACGUGAAUAUCGAACAGGCCACCAUGGUCCACGACUUUGCCAUAACAGGGAAUUUCGUGAUAAUCCCGGAUCACCAAAUGGUAUUCAAGUUAUCUGAGAUGAUCGGGGGCGGGUCACCGGUCGUAUACAACAAGAAAAAGACAUCCCGAUUCGGUGUUUUACGACAAAACGACGCCGUCGGGUCAGGAAUCCAAUGGAUCGACGUACCGAAUUGCUUUUGUUUCCAUUUAUGGAAUGCAUGGGAAGAAGAUAACACCGAAACCGGUGACAAAACCGUAGUCGUAAUCGGGUCGUGCAUGAACCCGUCCGACUCUAUUUUUAACGAGUCGGGCGACAUGUUACGAAGCGAACUAUCCGAAAUCCGAAUGAACUUAAGAGCAGGAGAAUCAACACAAAGGAUUAUCAUAUCAGGGAUGAACUUGGAAGCGGGUCAAGUGAACGGGCAAUACCUAGGUCGAAAGACCCGGUUCGUCUACUUGGCCAUAGCCGAUCCAUGGCCGAAGUGUUCCGGCAUAGAAAAAGUCGAUUUACGGACCGGAGAAAUCACGAAAUUCAUGUAUCGUUUCGGGGGUGAACCAUUCUUCGUCCCCGAAAACAAGCAAAGAAAGGGAGAGAAUGAUGAAGACGAAGGAUAUAUAAUGGGAUUGGUGAGAGACGAGGAGAAGGAAACGUCAGAGAUGGUGAUCGUAAAAGCUGGGAACAUGAAGCAGGUGGGUGCUGUAAGGUUGCCGACAAGGGUUCCUUACGGGUUUCAUGGUACGCUUGUUAGUCAACAAGACCUACGCCGACAAGUUAUGUGA